GGCAUCCGAAGCAGAACGUCAGAGCAUUAGCAACAUUAGCAACAACUUUAGCCAGCCAAAACUCUUUCUAACAUGUUAUGUGUAGCAACAGACUAGCUAGCGUUUGUGGGAAUGUAGCAGCCAAAUUUUGAUUUAAGGCUAUUUUAGAAUAUACAAAACCAAGGUUGCUGAGCUGAAAACUGGAAAAUAUAAGGUAGCAUGUACAAUAAAUGACAAGAAUCUGGAAAACAUAGCUAUGCAAUAACUCUGGUUUACAAUGGAAUCAUACAUAGAUUUGGUACCAAAUUUGGUGACUUGCAAAUAUUCAUGUUAAGAGUGUUCACUAUGGCGUGAAAUUAGUGCCAGGAGAGCGAGCUCUGUAAAACGAUUUGUAACCUGCAAAAAAGAUAUGUGUACUUGCAAAAACGAUUUGUAACGUGCACAAAGAGUUGUCUCUGUAGAAAAUGAUUCGUGUACAUGCAAAAAAAUAGUUUUGCUCUCCUUAGAAGAAGGCAAGAUUUGUUUACUUGCAAAAAGAUUUGUAACUUGCAAAAAAGAUUUGUGGAUAUGAUACCAUGGUUCCCGCCUUCUUCUACGGAGACACAACUUGUUUUGCAAGUACACGAAUACAAAAAUGACGCGUUCUAUUGUCCUCCCUAUACAGAGACACCAAUCUUUUUUGCAAGUGACAAAACUUUUUUUUGCAAGUACACAAAUCUUGCCUUCUUCUACGGAGACAAAACCUUUUUUGCAAGUUACAAAUCUUUAAUCUUUUUUGCUGUCCAAGCUGUCCUUAGGGGAAACCCGUUUUGCUAUGCAGGACUCAUUCACCUGGUGAGGACUGGGUGUUAUUAGUUCCUGUGUGUCCCGUGUGAAGACAUUGUGUCUCUUCAGUUUCUGUCUGCCCAGGAUCUGAUGGUGAUGUGGUUGGACGACAAAACAGUACUGGAUGUAUUCACCCUCUUACCAGCAUGUUUUACGUUAUUCACCGGUCGGGCCUGGCUUGGUAAGACCCUCCCUCCCACCCUGCUGCUGAUCGACUUGGCUUUUAACAGCAUCUACCUUCUACAUUUUUGGCUAAAGGCUCUUCUUCGGUGGUACCACAAAACAUCUGUGAAGCUGUGUCGGUUGGGAGCUGUCCUUAUGGGAAACCAGUUUUUUUACGCAGGCCUUAUUCACCUGGUGGAGAGCUCCGGGGACCCCUGGCUUGAAAAUUUAAACGCCUCGAGCCGUCGCUACUUCCUCUACGUGUACUUUCUAACGGUGACCAUGUCCACAGUGGGCUACGGCGACGUCAUAGUCUGCACCGCGUCAGGCAUGUGGUGGUUUGUGGACACCUUUCCCUGAGCAUCAUUGAGCCCUUUGUGAGGGAGUUCUACCAUGGAGACGGGGGAGGUGAACACCGACCUCCUCUUCCAGGGGGAACACACACACACAGAUCUCCGCACAUCAACAUGGUCUCUCCUGUGUCGUCUCUAGUGUGAUCACCGUCAAGAUCUUUCAUCCCAAAACCAGGGUGAUUGUCCAAAUGUUGAAGCCCUGCAGCAAGGUAAAACCUCCCCCACACAGUCUGGUCUGUGUGUGUGUGUGUAAGGGUGUCAAGUGGUCCUGUCCCUGUGUGUUCCAGGUCCUGGUGCAGAUGAUUCCCGACUGGGACUGGACCUCUGGCGAUGCAGCCUUGUGUCCGCUGGAGCUGAAGCUGGGCUUCAUGGCACAGAGCUGCAGGCUCCAGGGACUGUCCAGCCUGCAGGCAAAUCCGCAAAAGGAAACUUGUGUAAGAACCUGUACAGAGAAGGCAUGUACAACAAGGUCUACACAGAGCACCUGUCCUAUCCUUUCAGAGGCAUGACCUUCGCCCAAGCCAGCAAAGAGAUGUCCUCAUUGUGGCAGCAGGAUCCUCCAGUCUACUCAUCCUGCGUGGAGAUUGACUCUAGCACCAUGAGACGGAAGAACCGGUCGAGCACCCAGGCCCAGCACUGGCCCAAACAAGAGCACCAUGACCUGGACAUUAUCAAGUGGGAGACCAUGACCUCCGGAGCCACAAGUGACGUGGAGCAAGACAACACGCCUAGCAGUGCAGUGUCCACUGCGUCUCCUCCAGGUCUUCCUCCCCGGGUGGUGAUGACCAUCACCAAGCUGCAGUGCAUGCUGGACAGUAAACAGGAGCGCAUCGCGGCCCUGGAGAGACAGGUGGAGGACCUGCUGCAGGACCGCAAGUUCCUGAGGACGCAGAUCGAGAACCUGACCAGCUCGCGCUCCCUCGCCACGUUCACGCCCGCCCCUGAGGCUCCCAAGGCCAGCAAGGCGUACUCGGAGCCCAGAGCGAGGAGGAGAGAACGGGCCUCCUCCAUCUCCUCCCUCAGCAGCGACUGCGGCUCCGAGGUGUCUGUCUCUACGGCGAUGUCGGCAGUGUCGAGCGAGAACAAGAGAAGGCGACACCACAAAGAGAGGAGGAAAGGGAGGAAGGUUAAAGACUACACCCGGAAAAGAGCCACCGGUGUCCAGUACGUCAUCCACCGCUACCAGCAGGUGCUCUUGGCCUUUAACAAGAAGAAGAGCAUGAGCGGCGCCUUUCGGCACUACGGCAUAGACAGGAACACCAUCGCCAACACGGCGUCCAUCGCCGAGCUGCACCUGGCGGCCAAGGACACGGUGGCACUGGUGGGAACGUUCCGGCCACGCGAGGAGACCCUGGUGAGCUACGCCCAGAAGUGCGCCAUGGUCAUCGACACGGACGCAGGGCUGGCGAGGAAAAUCGAGCAGAUGAAGUCCGACGGGGCGCUCCUGCCGAUCACGGUGAAGAAGUCCAGGUUGAUGCAGUCCUUACAGCAGCCACUAGGGGGAGCCGCAGAGAGCCUGCUGUUGGUUUGACAGGACUGUUCUGGACAUUUCUCUCGGAUGGGUUUGUAGUUGGAGUCACGUACAGUAGAUUUGGUGUUGUCUGAGACAGAUUCACCAGGGAGUAAUGUGCAGGUCG